GGCUGUUAUCUUCUUUAGGGAUGACAAUGGCGCCACUUGGUACUGUUGUGGGGGUGUGGAGAAAUCCGAGGCGGGCAGGAAGACCUACGAAGGGAGGACGUUCAGGACCUUCUUCCUCACGUCCGUCUUCGAUAGCGCUGGGACAGACUGGGUCAAGGAAGACAAGAAGGUCUCCCUUGACCUGCGUCUCUUCCAAGGAUACGACGUCAAGGCUUUCUCCAUGAAAGCGUUUGACAUGCGUGGGGACGGAACUGAAUUCCGAAUGCUUUCUCCGGAAGAGUUUCUCAGCAAAACAAACGCCAACCGCGUCACUGGCUGCCUUCCUAUCGUCAACAGUUCUUUUUGGAUGAGCAAACCUUUGGUCCAAUUCAACAGUCCGAUGGACCUGCUGCCAGGUGUGGUUAAGCGGUACAGGGAAGACUUCUCGAAGCUGCCGCCGGACCAGCAAGCGCACUGUGAUUUUUUGCCCUUCGAGGCAGGUUCCAAGAGCAGGCGACAAACGCCGUCCGCGACGACAGGGAAGACAAAGCAGUUGCUGGGUGGGACGUCGGGCGCGAAUCUUCCCUCGCCCUCCGUGAGGGGAGGUCGUGAUUUGGCUCAAGGUUCAAGCGAGGCAACGGAGUUUGAUGACAGGCUUCUGCACCAACGCAAUGUUGGCCGUGAAAAUUCCCAGGGCAGUGCGGUUGCCCGGGACGAGGACAACGACGAGGACGAGGAAGGAAGAAGUGUCGGCCCGCAUGACGACGGCGUUAAUGAAGCAGAUGUGGAAGUUGGGGAUGACAACAUGGAGGACCGGGGCGCGCUUGCUGACGAGGACGCCGGCACGCCAAUGCAUGGUCAUGACAUCUCCCCCGCCGGCGCUGUGGGAGCCGCUAUUGGUCAGCCCUCGACAUCCCGUGGAAUUUCGCUAUCGCAAAGCAGGAGUAAGGGUGGGCACGACUCACAUGCAAUGCAAGGACCGAAGGCGAGGAAAAGGAUAAGGGAGACUUCUCCGUCUGCUUCUACUCACAAGAGGCAAGCGAGGACUGAUGCUGUUAAUGAGGCUCGUGGAGCUUUGACAGCGUCCCAGGAGGCGCGGCCUCCUCGAAAAAACAGCCAAGGGGGGCGAUCUGGGGGUCAAGGCGGUGGCCGUGGGGGCGGUGACCGUGGAGGGGCGCGGAAAUGCUCCCAGAGGGUGAGACCACAAGAGCUGCAGGACUCGGGGGAUGAGGGCGAGGGAGUGGAUCCUCCCAUGCCCGAAGAUGCUGAUGAGCCGGUUCAGCGCGUCUCGCCCAUCGACACUACGCGUUGUUUCUUCCUCGAAUAUGACGACCAAGGCUUUGCUACGCAAGACGUCCAUGCUCUUCACGUGGACGUCAUGAGAAUGAAAUGCAUUUCCCGCGGAAGGAUUCUUUUCAACCACCACUCGUUGUCUGAAAACAUUGUGCGAGGCAUCGAGAAUGCCAUCGAAAGCUCCAUCAGCACGGACCCGGGGGCGUGGGAUAGGCCCGAGCUCGUGCUUGCGCCAGUGGACCGCAAUGACAUUGUCGGCGGUCAGGGAAGACAGAUCACGCCGACCGAAUUCUUGGAAAGGGACCCGACAGAGUUCGACUGGUACGCUAUCUGUGGUCAGCAUACCGUUGAGGCCAUGAAGAUAUUGGUCAGAAAGGGCUCCCCGGCAGUUAAAGUUUAUGGCCUCAACGCGUACUCUAAGUGCCUCCUCGACAUCAUGCGAAAGGAGCGGUACAUGGUGUGUAUGUUCAAUUAUGUUCUGUUCCGCGCCGAGGGAAGGGCGGACGACGAAUGGAACGACGCGUUCUUCAUGUCGUACAAGGACCUUGAAGACUGGUAUGGGCCAAACGGUCUGUGCGCUGCGGAAUGGGAGAAGGAACGGGACAAGUUACAUGUCAAUAAGGUGAAGAUGGUCCCUCGACGACUUGGAGGAGUGGAGGAGGCAAGGCAAGGUGCAGGCUUGGGGCCUACGGCGGCAAUGUAUAAGGAGGCUCCGUUUCACCUUAAGGUCUUCAUAUACACUGCAAUCGAUAAGCUCGAUUUGCUUCGCGCCGAGGUGAAACGGAUCGCCUCCUACGCCGUCAUAUUGGCCGCCAUCAUGGACAUCCCAUCCUCGAACAUCAGCACGGCGUGGACCUCUCACGAAUUUGAUGCCUUGCACACAUUGAUGACCAAGUGUUGUGGCCAGAAUUGGGUCCUUUUCUUCUUUGCGCCGCAGAAGGUGCAAAGCGAUGUUCUGCGUCACUUGUUCCGCUGGGAGGACGUCAAAGUCAUCCCCGGGACCUGGAAACGGGUGGACAGGCCACCGAACUACAUCACACGAUACGACAAUAUGACUACGACGAGUCGAGAUAUGAUGGCCAUUGUCCUGCACGCCGACGGAGGGGAUCUGAAAAAAGUAACUGACAAACCCCGACUCCACAACGACCUCACAACCGUGCACGUUGUGGAGGAGAAGUUUGGGAAGUGUCAAGGAAAACACGGUGGGAUAGAGGGCGAUGAUAGUGCGAUGUAUUCCAUCUCGGAGCGAGAGCCUGGAAAGUUACGUUCGUUGUGCGGGUCAUUUCUCGGAGAGGCGGAAGGUGUGCUUUUGUUGGGUAGAGCGCACGCAGGUCUUGUGUGGGAGUUAUUACUGGCAGGUAAUAAUGUCAUUGCUUGCGACGAGUCGGCCAAGGACAUUGCAUAUCUGACAAAGUUCGUCGAUAUACUUGUGAAGGAUGAGAGAUUCGCCUGUCAUGUCGAGAAGCCACGUUCCAAACAUCGUAGCAACAGGGACAUGUUCCACAAGUUGGGACGCAAGAGACUGAAGGUGACAGAGACCCUGAAACAUUAUCACGGUGCUCUUACUGGCGCCUUUGAGACUUUUGUCGCUCGAUGCGAGAUCCUGAAGUUCGAUCUUCAUAAAGACCAGCUGAUGUCCAAGGACUACGCUGACCUCGCGAAAUCGGGUGACGGCUUUAACCUCGUCGACAGCGAGGAAGACUCUUCGGGGUCCGACCUCGAAUUGGGCGAUGGCAAGGGUGGUGAAGGUCCGGGCGGUGGCAUGGUGCGGUCACACGAUAAAGGGACCGUUCGCUCGCAUGAAAGACCCGUACAGGUGGCCGCCCACAGUGUUGGCUUGAUGGUGGCCCCCAUGGAGGGCACCGGUUUGCCAAACAUGGGAAUAUGUGGUCCCAAUGAUGAAGAUGACAUUGAUAUGCCAUGCGAGGCGUCGAAGCUCGCACCAGGUGAUCCAAUUCCUCCUGGCUAUUGUGCUGAUCCGACCACAAUUUACUUCUUGGGGGGCAAGCACGCCCGCACUGAUUCUGAAGCUGAUUCGUCUCGCGAUCUCCAGCCAGACUGGAGUGUUGACGUCAAUGUUCAGCACACACUUCUCAGAGCGUGCGAUGAAGCUUAAGGCUAUGAAAGCAUGAAAUGAAUAUGUUAUUGUGUG